AUGGCAGUGUUUGAAGGUUUCCUUAAAAGGGUCUGGGGUCAUUUGGGAAUAGUGCAAAUAGCUAGAAUGACUAUGAGCUUAACUAUGGUGAAAUUUAAUGACGAAGCCACAAGGGAUCAUGUUCUAGAAAAUGGUAUUAUACACUUUGACAGAAAACCUGUUAUAGUUCGGCCUUGGACUACUGACUUGAGUGUUGUUCGCUUAGUUCGUUCUGUCCCUUUGUGGAUUCGCCUCCAUGAUUUGGGGCUCCAAUAUUGGGGUAGCAAAUGUCUCAGUGCCCUAGUGAGCACAAUUGGUAAGCCGCUGAUGGUAGAUAAAUUCACUAAGGAGCGAUCUCGCAUUCAGUUUGCUCGUGUUCUGGUGGAAAUGGAAAUCACAGAUGAGCCCCCCAAGCAUAUACAAUACAUUAAUGAACAUGGCCAGAUUCUGGAACAGGGGGUUGAAUACGAAUGGCUUCCAGUCAAGUGUAAGACCUGUGCUGGUUUUGGCCACUCAAUGACAGAUUGCCGGAAGGAGAAAGUUGUGAAUUGGGUUAGGAAGGAACCUAAUGUGAAGAAGAGUGACAAGAGUGACGAAACUAAUGAAUUGCAGAAUUCUAUGCAGAUACAGGAGGCCUCGCAUCCUGUUCUAGAGACUAGUUCGGUUCAAGUGACACAGGUUUCAGCUCCAUCUAGGGAGAUAUCAGGUGAAAGAGAGGGAGUACAGACCGACCAUAAUUGGAUCACCCCUAAAAAGGUGGCUGUUAAAGCAAAAGAGGGACAGAGACAAGAUGGUAAGACUAAGGAAGAAGUGCAAAAAAAUAAGAGAAAUAACAAAGGGAUCAAUAGCAAGUUUAAACAAAGCCCUGUUAGAGAUAUAUGUAAUAGUAGUAAUAUUGGUAUUUGUGGCCUUUUGGAAACCAAACUGAAAGACUGUAAAAUAAGCAAUUUCAUGGAUAUGCUGCCGAAUUGGGAUUACCAUAAUAGUACUGUCACUGAAGGAAGGUUACUUAUUAUAUGGAGAAGAAAGUUUGUGAGUGUUACUAUCAUUGAGGAGUCUGCUCAGGCGGUUCACUGCAAUGAUAGACAGGGAGGAAAACUUAUCUCUGCUCUUGAGUUGGAAGAUUCUAUUCGGUGGCUAGCUGAUGUGCAUUUUGAGCCUUUAAAAAGUGUAGGAUCCUACUUCACCUGGUCUAAUAAUCAAGAAGGUCAGGCUAGAAUUUACUCAAAAAUUGACCACGUUUUUAAUAAUGAAAAAUGGCUUGACAGCUUCCCUCAAUCUACUGUGUUUUUCAAUUGGGAAUCUACUUCAGACCACUGCUCCAGCUGUGUGAAGCUUCAAUAUUCAGCGCUUUUGGGACCCAAAAUGUUCAGGUAUUUUAACUUCUGGGCUGAGCAUCCUGAAUUCCGUACUAAGGUUCUAACUAGCUGGAAGGCUCCUCUCAAAGCUUCAGGUAUUAAAGCUAUCUAUUUCAAGCUUCUGAGACUUAAACAUGGGCUGAAAAUUUUCAAUAGGGAUAGAUUUGGUGAUAUUGGUGCUAGUUACCAGAAAGCUAAAGAGGCUUAUCAGGAUGCUCGGAUGCAAGCCCAAGCUCACCCUUAUGAUCAGUGUUAUCAGGAUAAGGAAAAACUUGCUGCGGAUUUAUUUUCAGUUCAGGAAAAAUGUUACUACAGUUUUAUUGUCCAAAGAAGUAAAAUUACUUGGCUUCGUCAGGGAGAUUUGAACACUUCAUUUUUCUUUGCCAGUUUAAAGAAGAGAAGGACAGAUAAUAGUAUUGUUUCUUUUAUUAAUAAUGAAGGCCGAUUAGUUGACAAUAUCUCUGAGGUUAUGUCUCAUUAUGUGGGGCACUUCAGAGGGGUGUUGGGUAGUGCCAGUUCAGCCUCUUGUAAGCUGAACCUCCAGACUAUUCAGAUGGGUCCUAGGCUGUCGUUUGAUCAACAGGUGAAGCUGCUGAAACCGUUUUCUAAGAAGGAGAUUAGGGAGGCUCUUUUUAGUAUUCCAAUCACCAAGUCUCCUGGGCUUGAUGGCUAUGGUUCUGGGUUCUUUAAAGCAGUUUGGCAGGAUAUAGGGGAGGAGAUUAGCACAACCAUUUUGCAAUGUUUUGAGACAGGUAGUUUUCCUCAUGACCUUCAUGAGACUACUUUGUCUUUAAUCCCGAAGGUGGCUUGCUCGUCUAAGGCAGUUGACUAUAGGCCCAUUGCGUGUUGCUCUACUCUUUACAAAUGCAUGGCUAAGUUGCUUUGUAAGAGAUUAGAGGUUGUGCUCCCUGAUAUAAUUCAGACUAACCAAGGGGCGUUCGUCAAAGGUCGCACCAUAGCCCACAACAUUAUGAUAUUUCAAGACCUCAUAAAAAAUUAUGGGAGGGCUUCUACUUCUUCUAGAUGUGCGAUUAAAAUUGAUCUUAGUAAGGUCUAUGACACGGUGGAUUGGGAUUUUCUUGAGGAUCUUUUAAAUGCUCUUAGCUUUCCCAAGAAAUUCAUUAGUUGGGUUAUGACUUGUGUUCGAAGUACUUCCUAUUCUCUUGUGAUUAAUGGUAGAAUCCAAGGUUCUCAACAGGCUGUUCAUUGUGUCAAGGCAGUUCUUGAUAAUUUUACCUCUGUUUCUGGGCUGUCCAUUAACUCUGGCAAGUCUCAGAUUUUCUUUGGUGGUGUCCCGAAUUCUGAAAGGUCCAAAAUUGCUCAGGACAUUAAUCAUGCUGAAGGAUCCUUUCCCAUCAAGUAUCUCGGCGUCCCCAUGAGACCUACUAAAUGGAAGCAUUCCGACUGUGAGGUGAUUAUUCAUAAGUAUAGGCUGAAAAUUCAGAAUUGGGCGAGUAUGCAUCUCUCGUUUGCGGGUAGGAUUCAGCUUAUCAAUUCAGUUCUUCUUGGUCUUAGAAAUUAUUGGAUGUCCAUCUUUGUUUUACCCCAGAGCAUUAUCAAGGAAAUAGAGAAAUUAUGUAGAGGCUUUCUUUGGGGUUCCUCGGGACAGAGGAGCAAACUGCACAUACCUUCUUGGCACAAGAUUAGUCUCCCUAAAGCCUACGGGGGGCUGGGUUUCAGAGAUGGUUCUUUAUGGAAUCGUUCAGUUCUUGCUAAAUAUAUUUGGGCUGUCUCAGCUAAACCAGACUUGCUUUGGGUCAACUGGUAUUGGAGAAAGCUUUGUCGCAUCAAGAUUUUCUUUGGCUCUGCUGCUAUUAUUUCAGCUGGUAUGCAAGGAAAAUUUCGGUCUGGCAAGCUGUAUAACAGCCAGCUGGUUCAGGAACAAGUGGAGUAUCAUAGGUCUGUUUGGAUUGGUUCAUUGCAUUUUCGAUUGGCUGGGGUUUCAGGCGUGGUCGUUGGUGUUCUAGCACUGGCAGAUUUGGCUGACUAG